UUAGGUCCACUUUACAGGAACGCUUAAUUUCCGCCCACAGCCAGUUGCAAGCAUCAAAUUUGAGAGUAUGAGGCAGGUGUUACUCACGAGGAUCUCUUCCGUAAUUUGAGAAUAAAUUUUCUUAGAAUGAUCAUCAAAACAAGGAAGCAGUUUCUGAAAUGGUUUGUCGAACCUACCUACAGCACGUAGUUUACACUGAAACACAACAUUUAUCCCGCCUUAGCUGAAAGGUAAGUCCUGAAAAAUCAUGUUGCGUCAUUUAAGUAUACUAAGAAUAGUCUGAAGCUAACUGAGCUGGUUCACCCUCCCUGAAGGUCAAUUACAGAACACGUGAAUUAAUCUUCCACAUCUUCUUUCAUGGAGAUGCCGCAGAAAUAAUUUUUUUCACCAUGUAAAUCUUGUGCUUUUGCUUGUGCUUUUGAACAGUUCACACUGUGAUCAAAUGUCGUAUGACACAUUUGGCAAACAAGCUAGAUUUGUGAAAGUCACCAAUAUCCCAUGAAGUGUGUCUUUUCUCGGGAUAUUUGUGGGUUUUAAUUCACCGCAUACGCAGUUCUUUAGGAUGUAACGCGACGCUUGUAACACUAAAGGUCUGCGUGACAACCCAGAGAACAGCUGGGAAGGAAAUCACCUCUCCGCCUUGCAGCUUGGUAAAUAUGUUCAACUCCAACUCUUUGGGUUGUUAUUACAUUUUGCACAAUUAAAACAUCUUUGGAACAUUUUCAAGAUUUUUCCCGUUCGUGAAUUUGUAAAGUCGAGGCUAAGAUAGGAACUUGAAUGAAACACGGAAGACGUUUUAGGAAACUUGUAUUAGGGACCUUAAGCCAAGCACAAUUGCGACGGCAUCGAGGUCGUGGCAAAAUAACAGAUCGUAUCGACAGAUCAAUUGGUCAGCACGUGCGUUUUACAACUUUGUACAAGAAACAUCUCACAGCCGUCCUCUGAAAAACAGCAACAUGAAAUCAGCAAAAUUUGCAUAGUGCAAGAGCGAAAAACCCCGACAGCAAAUUUCCAUUUGAGUUUCCAUUUGGAACCAUACCCUGCCACUUGCGAAGUCCCAACAAACAAUGUAAAUUCAUUAGUCGACGUCGAUCGCGGCGUUGCAGUCCUGACUGCAUAAGGUCCCUAUUUACCCGGCUGCAGUAAGCCGGCUGUCUGCGAGAUGCUACUGUAACAGUAAGUUAUUGGCCAUAGAUUCUGAAAAACGUCGGGCUUUGCGUCAACUGGUUAGCUAUGCGUGCUUUGGCCAUUUGUACAGAAUUUUAUCAUGUCUGUAAUUUAUAUAUUUAUGGUGUCCACGUUUAAUCAAAGAGAGAAACAUGGUUUAGAUCAUGAUGGAAUCUGGGGUCAGUGACUCAAUACUGUAUCAAUCAGCAUCGAAAAAACAAAAAAACAAAAAAAGAUGUCAACAAUCUUCAACUGGAGCACGUAAGUUCGUUCCGCAAAAGCUGAAGGGUAAGCGAACUGAAACUCGCCUAUAAAAUUCCGUUCAAAAAGGUUUCAGGACUUAGACGUUUUGGGCAGUAGAAACUGAACAUUAUGAAUGGAGAAGUUAUUUCACUUCUAGCGACGGGCGCUUUUCUUUUCUUAAUAACCUUAAGACCUUCUAGGGCCGGUCUCCUCUCCACAUCGCUUCAGUUCACCCGCGAUGCCUUAAUGGGUUUCUCACACGGAUCGGAAAGAAAAGUGGAAAUACUCACAGCGAAGAGGACGAAAAAGAUUAUCAGUCCCUUUGAGCAAUGGAGGGAGAUAAUUAAAAAUCUAGGGAUGAAUAAAGGACCAAGGGAUCCUAAGAAGUUGGUAACUGUACCUACUUUUCCUAAGAAAGCGAUUACUCGAGAAGAAAUUAGCUAUGAAAAGGAGAGCAAGACUUACAGACCACGCAUCUCACCAUCGAACAGGUUCCUUGAAGCCAUCAACGACAUUGAACGAGCUGUGGCUAAAGCAAAGGCUUCAGGAUUCCGUUACAGGAAAGGAUCCUUCAAUAAAUUGAAGGGACUGUUAGCGCGAGCGAUAAGAGGUAAGAGCUACAAAUAUGCCCGCGAAGUCCUGGGCAGGAUCAUGUAUCUCUUAAGCACAAAGUCGUCGGCAUUGCGACGAAGGAAGAGAAGCACCUCAGGGAACAAAACCACCCCGGCAAUGAGAGGAAGCAAUUUCCUUCAAGAUCUACGGAAGCAAAUCGGCGCGUUGACGUUUGAUAGCUUCAUGGCUGUCCAAGGUGACGUGUCACUGAUGUUUGCCAUUGAUGACACCGGAAGUAUGAGAGAAGAAAUUCAAGCGGCUAAAAACAUCGCCAUAGACAUCAUAAAUUAUCCUCGCAAUGCCAGUGUAAAGAGCUACAUUUUGUCGCCUUUCAACGACCCAUACCCGGUGAAAUCGGCAGUCAUAAAGAAAAAUGAAAGCAAUGCUGGUGAGUUCGUAAAAGCCAUCAAUGCUCUUACAGCCUAUGGCGGUGGGGAUUGUCCGGAGUAUACAUUCACGGGGAUGCUGGAAGCACUCUACCAUCAGCCAGAAUGGGGAUCUCCCAUGUACGUCUUCACGGACGCAGGCCCAAAAGAUGCAUCAGAAGAGAACAUCGAAGAACUUCGGUACCUAGCUGGUUCAGAUGCGUUUGGGGUGACAAUCAAUUUUUUGACCACAGGUUUCUGUCACACUCAUAUCCACUCAGCCUUCAAAGAUCUCGCUGAGCUGACCUCAGGUCAGACCAUUUCUUUUAAGAAAGACGGGGAACUGGAAAAGCUUAGUAAUCUGACAGCAAGUGUCCUUGGUGGGACGAGUACUGUCAGUAGCGGUUCAAGCGUACGACACAAGAAGAAACGGAGCCUAAAAGAUACAACACCCAGUCGAUAUAACUUUCCAGUUGAUGAGUCCAUUGAAAAAUUGACUGUAACAGUAAGUACUACACGCCGAGAAACAAAUGGGCAAGGAAUCACCUUAACAGACCCCGAUGACAUCGAGAUUUCAGCUGAAAAGCUUAGUCUGUCCCAGAUCUCUAUCUAUCAGAUCGACCACCCUAAGAGAGGAGGCUGGACCCUGGCUGUGUCAGGUGACCACGAGUUUCAAGUUAAGUCGAGCAGUGAAACGAAUGUCGACUUCGAGGUAUAUUUCAUUAUUCCAAUACGGGGAAGGAGGAGACAGACAACAGAAGUGCCUAUUUCCAACCCAGUUAUAGGUAAACUGAAUAAGAUGCUCAUCACUGUCGCUGGUUCUGAAAAGCUCAACACCAGCUCGUUACACUUAGAACUCAUCACCCCUGAGGGAGCUAGGAUCAGUGACGUCACGCUGCAAACAACUGACAAAGUCCAUUUCACCGCAAGCUUCACGCCUCUCACGAGUCAGCCAUUCAAACUCCGGCUCAGCGGUAUUACUCGUGGCGGGAACACUUUUGAGAGAAUUUCUCGCCAGAAGAUCAAACCCUCCAGUACUCUGCUCAGAGUGAAACACGCCAGUAAUGAUUACACACUUCCUUUAGGAAGAGUCACGUUUGUUCAUUUUGAGAUCUGCAACUUUGGUGCCACCGAGUAUUUUGACGUGACGGUCGUGAAAGAUCGGAUGGGUUUGAUCAUUACCCAACGAAUUUCACCAAAACAUGUCAUUCAAGGUCACUGCGCGAUUAUAUCCGUCCGUGCCAGAGCCACUCGCCCCCAGGACGUGGACAAGACCGAUAACGUAUUUUUGAUCGCUAAGGGUCGCUCAUCAAAAGUUCUUGCUUCACAAGGAGUGCGCCUUUUUAUUGUACCCUGAGCAGAGAUUUUGUAAAUCAACCAGCUAUUCCAUUUCCAUGAAUUCAAAAUAUUCCACUAAAUUUUAGACAGGCAAGAUCUCUGAAUGAAUUGAAGGGACUUUCAAGAAAUCACUAGAAUUAUCAUUGAUUAGCUAAAAAGGCUAUCGAGAAAAUUAAGAGAUUUUAUCAAUUAGUUAUUUAGCAUAGUCUGCUUUACAGUGGUAAAAACAAUUAAAUUUUAGUUCUUAGCAUCCUAUAUCUGAUAAGUUUUCAAUCUUAUUUCGCAUUGUUUGCUGAAAUGUGAUUAUAAUAGCGAUGAAAUUUUCGCUCUUACUAUCCUCUGCCUGAUUAGUUUUUAAUCUUAAAUAAUAAAAAAAGAAAAAAAAAAAGGCAUACUUUGAGAAA